GUCCCGAACCCUGACUUCCUCCCCCCGGCAGGCCCGCACUACCCCAAAUCCCUCGCUCUCUCCACGUCCUGGCGGAACCCCCAAUCGCGCGCUCCAUCGCCGGAGCUGAAACUCGACGCCGCCACCGCUACUUCCUCUAGCCCGACCGGCCAUCCUCUCCAACGCUGCUAGACGACGCCGCCGCCGCUUCCUCCGGCUGCGGCACGACGUCGUCUCCUCCGACCACGCAGAUCUGAAGCCCGCCUCGUCUACGUCGUCCGCUUCAGAUCUGAAGCAAGCCGUUUCUAACUCGCUAGCUAUCUGCCCAUCUCCAAAACUCUCUGACGGCUGCUGUUGCUGCUUAUUUUGGACGGCAGUGUGUCCGCGAGCCCGCCGUGCUCAAAUUGGGGGAUUUGGCUGAGCGUGCUCUGAGGCUGCGCAAGAAAUAAAAGCUCGGUCGGCGGAAUGGACUCGACGGUGGACGAGCUGAGUGCUUCGUACAAGGAGUUCGUGACGGCCGCGUUGGCCGUGAUGGAAGCGCGCGAGCAGUCGGGCGGGCAAAAGACGGCGGCCACGGACUUGGCGCUCGAAUCCUUCAAGCAGCGCUGGGAGCUCUUCCGCGUCGCCUGCGACCACGCUGAGGAGCUGGUCGAGUCCAUCCGCCAGCGCAUCGGCUCCGAGUGCCUCGUUGACGAGGCCACGGGAUCUUCCUCCUCCGCCCCUGCGAGCGCCGCGCUGGCUGCCCCGGGCAUCAAGCCCAUCAGCGCCGUCCGCCUCGAGCAGAUGAGCAAGGCCGUCCGCUGGCUCGUCAUCGAGCUCCAGCACGGCGCCGGUGGCCCCUCUGCUACGGGGGCAACCGGCGGCGGAGGAGGUGUCGCAAAUUCGGCUGCUGGCGCCGGAGGGCAGCAUGGACAGGGUGGACUCGACCCGCGCUUUCCCGAGGAUGGUACCCAGUAGGUACAAUGUUACCUAAUACAAGUAACGUGUUCCUUCAGAGAAUAAAACAGAGUACUGGUGUAAUUUGUGUGUUAGCUUGCUAGAUUUGCAGCAUUAGAGCUUGUGAUUUUCAGCAUACUACCUGAUACGUAAAGAUGUCGAGUUUGGGAAGAAUUCCAAGAUAUUGUGGUUAAUUUUCCCUUUGCUGGCUGAUAUUUUCCCUGCCUUUGUGGUGAUGCUGGAUGUUUAAAACCACAUUGUGCUAAUCAUUCCCUUGCCU